AUCCUCCUUGGAGGCUCUCACAAUACGUGUUCACGUCGCGGCGGGUUUAUAACCAACGACGACGACAUAUUCGACGCCGAUUAUCAGUAUAUAGCUUUGCUGAGCACCAUGUCUGCGAAUCCCGCUUUCGUAAUGGGUAGCCUUUGCAUCGUCGGCGGUGUAAUUGGUUUCGCCAAGAAACGAAGUAUCCCCUCGCUUGUCGCAGGUGUUAGUGUUGGUCUCCUCUUCCUCUGGAGUGCGAACAACCUGGCGAAGGGAACUGGCCCUGGUAUCGAGGGUGCUCUCGGUGCUUCUGCCCUCCUGCUUCUUUCCUCUGCCCCGAGGGCUUUCAAGGGCCCGGUACCUGCCGUAUUGACCGUCGCAGCGACGGUGACUACAUACUACUACGGCAAGAACUAUCUUGCGCUCAAGAAUGCAGGGCUGUGAGUGUUCUGCAUCACCUAUAUUGAAGUUGUAUCCGGUUGCUUUGAGAUUGUAAAUUAAUAUGUACUUGUAACUUCCACUCCGCGUGUCAUUCUGAAAC